AUGGACUCCUCACUCAGUAUCAAGUCAUGGCCAGUCAAAGACAUAGUCUACGUCGGCAUAGUCGGCACGGUCAUGGCCGCCGCCCUUCUCGAAUGGAUCCUCUGGCUACUGGCAUUCCUCUACUGUCUCUGCAAAGUCUUUCAGAAAGCAGACAAAGGCAUGCGCUGGAGCACCCGGAUCUUGGCAGUCGUCAACAUGGUCUUCUUCAUAGCUAUGCGCUGUGUCUUUCUUCCCGUCAUGCUGGUUACACUGCCAUUGCCGCCCCAGAUCACGCAGUGCUUCCCACCUGAUGUGGUGGAUGUGUUACAGCUGUUUGCUUUCUGGGCUUUCGCAGGGUUGUUGACCGUGCCGUGGCUGUUUUGUGUAUACUCGCUCAUCACGCAUGAUGUGGGACGAACGAGGAAGGUCAAGACGGUCUUGGACGAGUAUACGGCGCCAAAGGUCGUGAUUAUCAUGCCAUGCUACAAUGAGCAGCCAGAUGUGCUGCUCAGAACAGUCGACAGUAUCGUGGACUGCGAAUACCCGCCAUCAUGCAUGCACGUCUUCCUUUCGUUCGACGGCGACAAGGAGAAUGAUCUCUACACCGGCACAAUCGAGAAGCUCGGUGUACCACUGACGCUUGACACCUAUCCCAAAAGUAUCGAUAUAUCAUAUCGCAACUGCAGGGUCACCGUAAGUAGGUUCCCGCAUGGUGGCAAACGGAGCUGCCAGAAGAAGACUUUCAAGCUCAUCGACCGUAUAUAUGCCGAGUACCUGCGGCGGAACGACAAUCUCUUCCUCCUCUUCAUCGACUCCGACUGCAUCCUAGACCGCGUCUGCAUCCAAAACUUCAUGUACGAAAUGGAAUUGCGCCCCACCACCUCAAAAACCAAGCCCAUGCUAGCCAUGACGGGCGUGAUAACCUCCACAACGCCAAAGAACACCAUCAUCACUCUCCUCCAAGACAUGGAAUACAUCCACGGCCAACUCUUCGAGCGCUCCGUCGAAAGCACGUGUGGCGCCGUGACCUGUCUCCCCGGCGCCCUGACGAUGCUACGCUUCUCCGCCUUCCGCAAAAUGGCUAAGUACUAUUUUGCCGACAAAGCAGAACAAUGCAAUGAUCUCUUCGACUACUGGAAGUGCCACUUGGGUGAGGAUAGGUGGCUCACUCACCUGUUCAUGGUUGGAGCGAAGGAGAGGUAUCAGAUUCAGAUGAAUACGGGGGCGUUCUGUAAGACUGAGGCGGUGCAGGAUUUUCGGAAUUUGCUGAAGCAGAGAAGGAGGUGGUUCUUGGGGUUUAUUACGAAUGAGGUUUGCAUGCUUACGGAUUGGAGACUGUGGAGGCGGUAUCCAUUGUUGCUUCUUAUCAGGAUGGCGCAGAAUACCAUCAGGACGACUGCGUUGCUGUUCUUCAUUAUGGUCAUCUCGAUCAUGACGACAGAGCAGAAGGUGGCGAACCUGCCUUAUGGAUUCAUUGCGGUAUCUCUUGGCCUCAAUUGGCUCCUAAUGAUCUUCUUCGGUCUCAAACUGGGCCGCUACAAAGUCAUGCUCUACCCGCUAAUGUUCGUCCUCAAUCCAUUUAUGAACUGGCUGUACAUGACUUAUGGCAUCUUCACCUCCGCCCAGCGUACUUGGGGCGGCCCACGUGCCGACGCUGGAGUCGCGGAUAAAGAUACUAGCCCCGCCCAGGUCAUCGAGCACGCUAAGGCUAUGGGUGAUGAGCUCAAUGUCGUGCCAGAGAGCUUCCGGCCUGCCCUGGAGGCGAAGGCUAGGGACAGAGGCAUGCCUGGUCAAGCGCCAUUACUGCCAGGCUUCGACAUAUAUGGGCGUUUUGCGCCAGCCGAGAUGCUCCCUGGGGGCUGGUAUCGACAUGGCAAUAACUCGGUCCAGCUUGAGCGUGCUCCUUGGGCGAUUGAGGAGAAUAUGCCAUAUGCGCACCGUGGAUAUACCGGACGAGAUAGCUUCGACUCGAUACAAUCAGAUACCUCGAUCUUCGUGCCGAAGAGAGUGGAGAGCAUCUUUGACGAUCCUAGGGACGCUCUAGCAUACCAUGCGCGAAGGGAACAACAACGGCCACCAGGUGGCGCACAUCUGGAGAACGCUGGUGCCUUUGAGAUGGGUCCCUACCAAAGCCUCGUGCAAGGCCGUCGAGCUUCCUUCGACUCGAUAGAUUCAGUGCCGCUGCACUUCAACAUUCCUCCACCCCCACGGCAACAAACAUCAGGGUUCCGGCCAUCUAAGCCUCGAGGCCGCAGCCCCGGCCCAUCAGAAAUCCCACGACUUGGGCCACUUCCUCCGCUGACACCCCUCACGAUCCCGAGCUCAGCCUACCACCGCCCACGCCUAGCAAAGGCCGAAAGCAGUCCAGGCAGCAUCACAAACAUCGGCCGAUCCCCUCUAGCUCGCAAGAGCUUCACACGACUAGCCAGCCCGCCAUUGUCAAACAGACCACCAGCUCAGAUCCCAGCUCUGCCUUUAAACGCCACGACGAUCGUACAACAGCACGAACAACAGCGCGAGCCGGACGAGCCUGGAGAGCCAAUGUCCGCCACCGAAGUCUUGGCGUUAGAGAGGGAGUCAGCUAGACGAGCUUCGAAGGAAGCUGAGAGGAGAGGGAGGAGAGGAAGAUCGAUGGAUAGUGAGAUGGAGAGACGACGGCCGAGGAAAUUGAGUAAGCGGCCUCGAGGUAGCAGUCGGUCGGGGGAGUAG